AUGGCAGCACCGCAAGUUCAAAGCGUCGAUGUUGCGAUCGUAGGAGGAGGCCUCUCCGGCCUCACAGCAGCGAAAAAGCUUAUCGACGGUGGCAAAUCAGUGCUUGUCCUCGAAGCCCGAGACCGCGUAGGCGGCAAGAUUCUCAACAGGAAGCUCGCCAAUGGAGACGUCACCGAGGUUGGAGCCGAGUUCGUCGGUCCUACGCAAAACAAGGUCAUCGAAUACAUCUCUUCCCUUGGGCUUCAGACCUUUGAUACUUACAACAAUGGAAGCUCAGUGCUUUGGAAUAACAAUCAGCGCGUUGUUUAUGUUCCGGAUGCUGCGACUGGCGGCGUUCCGCCUGUUCCGGAUGAGGUUUUGGCUGAGGUUGCUACGAUAGUCGCGACUCUCGAUGGGUGGGCUGCGAGUGUUGAUACGAACGCUCCGUGGGAACAUCCUAACGCUACGGAGUGGGACAGUGUUACGUUUGGACAGUGGGUCAACAGCUUUGCCGCACAGGCAGGUACGCAGACCGUACUCACCAGCUUCACCAAGGCCGUCUUUGCCGCGGAACCAGCCGAACUGUCAUUGCUCUACGUGACAGCGUAUAUUUCCGCAGCUGGAGACGAGUCCAAUAAAGGAACUGUCGCUCGGCUCAUCGGCGUUACCGACGGCGCACAGGAGAAACGCGUCGAAGGCGGGACCCAACUCAUUCCUCUCAAACUCGCCGACAAAAUAGGAGAAGACCGCAUCUCCCUCAACGCUCCCGUUCAGUGCAUCACCAAGACCUCCACAGGCUACCACAUCACAGCCAAAGGCCUCAACGUGAGCGCCAACAAGGUAGUCCUCGCGCUCGCGCCAACCCUCGUUAAAGACAUCACAUUCUCACCGCCCCUUCCCCAUGCACGCACUCAACUCAACCAACUACUUCGAAUGGGCGCAAUCGGAAAGGCCAUCGCAGUGUACGACACCCCCUUCUGGCGCACCACCGAAGACCUCAACGGGCAAGCUAUCAGCGACACCGGCGCCACGAAAGUAACAUUCGACAACACGCCCUCCUCUCCCACCUUCGGCGCCGUCAUGGGCUUUAUCCUCGGCGAUGACAUGCGCGCCCUCGACACCGCGUCCCCUGCCACCAUCAAAUCGAAAAUCCUUUCAGACUUCUCACGCUACUUUGGUCAGCAGGCUAAAUCGCCCAAGGACUUCGUGAUUCAAAGGUGGGAUCUCGAAGAGUUUAGCAAGGGCGGCCCCGUUGCGUUUGCGCCCGUAGGCGUGCUGAGUAGGUACGGCAAGGCGCUGCGAGAGCCGGUGGAUGGAUUGCAUUGGGCGGGGACGGAGACGGCGGAGUACUGGACUGGGUAUAUGGAUGGGGCUAUUAGGAGUGGGGAGAGGGUCGCUGGGGAGAUUCUUGGGGAGUGA